AUUGUUGAAAAAGGAGCUGAAGUGAAUAUCGAGGAUGAUUUUGAUUGUACUCCAUUGAUAUAUGCUUGUGAAGGUGGAAAAGAAGCAGUAAAGUAUUUAUUACCUCUGAUAAAGGACGUAGAUAUCCAGAAAACAUUAUUGCACUCAGUUAAAACUGACAACGGUGAUGUCAUAGAUAUUCUAGUACAUUCUGGUGCUGACGUCAACUUCCAGGAUGCUGAUGGAUUUACUCCAUUAUUUACUGCAGCUUCCUAUGGGAAUUUAAGCACAGUAAAUGCUCUAUUAAACCAUGGAGCUGAUCCAAAUAAAACAACUACUUACUGUGGGACUCCUUUACAACAGCGCAGUUUCAAAAGACAUAAUGAAGUAGUCAAAAAACUACUAAAAGCUGGUUCUGGAGUCGAUGCAAUAUUUGAAGGCAAGAAUAUCAUUCAUAUAGCUGCUGAACAAGCUGACAAAGAUAUCUUGCUUGCUUUACUAGAAAAUAAUGCAGAUGCAUUGAGUAAAGACAAAGAGGGUAAUACUGCAUUACAUUAUGCCAUUUUGAACGAUUGUACUGACGUUAUUGAUGUUCUUAUCGCUCAAGGGAUAGAUAUAAACGCCAAAAAUGACCAGUUUCAUACAGUCUUGUAUUCUGCAUGUCGCUACGACAUUCCAGACGUAGUUAAACGUCUGAUAUCCCACAACGCCGAUGUUAGUAUCAAAGAAAACUGCUUAGGAUGGUCUCCUUUGCAUAGGGCUUGUGAAGAAGGUAACUUGGAUGUAGUAAGAGUUUUGCUUGAUGCCGGAGCGAAUGUCAGUGACGUUACGAAGUUCAAGGACACUCCCUUACACCGUGCUGUAGGUAAAGGUCAUGAGGGGAUUGUUGAGGAAUUGGUAAGGAGAGGUGGUGACGUCACAGCGGUUAAUGGUAGAGGUGAAAGUGUGUUAGAUAUAGCCCGAAAACGGCAAUCAAAGGAAAUAUUAGAACUCCUUGGUAAAGAAUCCUGAUGACUGUUAAAUUUAGCUCAUGUAAUAUUAUGAUCUUAGUUACU